CUCCGUCGCCUUCAGUAGUAUCCAAAUUCACGCAUUUCGACAGUUUAUUUUGUGGAGAGAGAGUCUCUCAGUUGUGGCGCAAUCAACAGAAAACGAUACCACCAAAAUAAUAGCUAUAAACACCAUAAACCACCCCGUCGCGGUAAAUACUAGUCACUCGUAACGCAUCAACAACCACCCACCCACUCGCAAAGCGUUUCCUAUCUUUUGCAUUUUGCAGUGUUCUUUGAAAAACAAAUACGUGCAGUAUCAAAAAUAUUUUCUCAAUCAUUUUUAUUGUGCAUGCAGAACCGGUAUCUGCUUUAAAAAUAAAAGUGCAAAUAGCCAAAAGGCCCAGAAGACGUCCCAAUAGAGUUGAUGAAAAACGCGCUAAAACCGCAAAUAAAUCAGUAAUCUUCCGCGCCGAUCUCAAGAACAGCAGCACGGCCUGUCAGCGUUAUUAGUUACCUCAAUUUGAUUACUUUAAACUUUUGUUUUUUUAUGUGAAUAUCCGGCUUGGCAUCCCGAUCAAGGCAUUGCUGCGAAUUAGAGCAAGCGAAAGAGUGCAUAUUUCUUCCUUUUGUUCCAAGACUGGUUAGUAUCUAGUUUCGCAUAGGCAGUUCCAAAAGCCGGCGAUAUGAGCCAGAUCCCGGAUACUUCAUUCAUACCGGAUCUUCCAAAAGGACCACUGUGUAGAUAUCGCAAUCGCGCCAAAUUCGAUUGGAAGCAGCUUAAAUUGAUAUUUGAAAGAGAACAGGAUUUGCGAAUAAAGUAUAAAGUAUGGAAAAUCCUAGAGAGCGAUCCACUUUUUUCGAAGCCCAAGACUACACUGCCUGCCGAUGAGCAGAAGCACCUCUGUGCUAUGCAAGUAAAUCGUAUGCCACAUCUAGAUCUCAUCCCGAAAGAGAUCGAACAGAAGAGUUUCGGUGAGAAGACCAAAUAUUUGAUGAGCAUAAAUGAGGCUUUACACACAUACUGUCCGAGUUUGUCGGUAAAAAUCGCCUUGGGUGUAGGACUCUUCAACAAUGCAAUGCGUGCUAUGGGUACCGAACGCCAUAAGAAGUAUUACGAUGCGGCUUGGAAUCGUGAGCUGAUAACAUGUUUGGCUAUUACCGAGUUGGCGCAUGGUAGCAAUACGAAGAACAUACGCACAACUGCUACAUACGAUCCCAGCACACAGGAAUUCAUUAUCAAUACACCAGACUUUGAGGCGGCGAAAUGCUGGGUUGGUAAUUUGGGCAAAACAGCAACCAUCGCUAUGACAUUUGCCAAUUUAUAUACGGCGGAUGGUGAAAACCAUGGACUGCACGGCUUUCUGAUUCCAAUACGCGAUCCGAAUACCUUGCAAGCAUAUCCAGGCGUUUUGGUUGGAGAUAUUGGCGAAAAGAUUGGUCUAAAUGGCAUAGAUAAUGGUUUUGUAAUGUUUUCGAAUUACCGCAUACCACGCGAAAAUCUGCUCAACCGCACUGGUGACGUGACACCUGAGGGAGUGUACGAAAGCGUUUUUUCUGAGCCCGGCAAAGUGCUGGGUGCUGCCUUGGAAUCCUUUUCUGCGGGUCGUAUUGGAAUCAUGCAGGAAUCAGCGAAUACGCUUGCAAGCGCGGCAGUGAUUGCAGUGCGAUAUGCCGCACUGAGAAAGCAGUUUGGGCCUGAAAAAGAUGGACCAGAAGUGGCGAUCAUAGAAUAUCAGCUUCAACAAUGGCGAAUAUUCCCCUAUCUUGCGGCUGCUGGUGUACUGAAAGUUGCUGUGACGGAGUUGACCGAUAUUUACCUCGAAAUUAUUGAAAGGUCGCAGAAGGAUUCGAACGGAUUUGAGUUGUUGACCCAAAUUGUUUCCGAAAUUCACGCUGUUAUUUCCUCUUCGAAACCACUGAUGACAUGGACAGCGAGAGAUGCAAUUCAGGAAGCGCGAGAAGCUUGUGGAGGUCAUGGCUAUUUGAAAGCCUCCAAGCUGGGCGAUCUGCGCAACGAUCACGAUCCGAGUGUCACCUACGAAGGCGAUAACAACGUGCUCGGCCAACAAGCUUCCAACUGGCUUCUGCGUCAAUGGAACGGCACCAUUGAAAGCCCAGUGGGCACUGCAAAUUUCUUAAAAAAUCGAGGCGACAUUCUCCAAAACACCUACGAGAAUAUCUUGCGUGAAAGUCCAAUCGAAUCUAUGGAUUUUGUCCUUCAUUGCUAUGAAUGGAUGCUAUGCUACCUAGUGGAUAAGACGUCAAAACGCGUGGCCCAGGAUAUAAAAGCGGGCGCACACCGCUUCGAUGCGCGCAACAAUUCGCAGGUUUAUGGUGCGCGGGACUUGUCGUUGGCCUAUGCCGAAUACUUUGCCUUGAGUCGUUUUAGGCAACGUUUUCGUCGAUUGAACGUUAACACCGAACUAUCACAGGUGCUAGAACUCCUUUUCGCCGUCUACUCCAUGUGGUGUAUUGAUCGUCACAUGACCACGUUCUACGUGGGGGGAUUUGCAAAAUCGGCAUCUUUUGCAGAAGCGGUACGUGCACGUUUGCUUUCUAAAUGUAGCGAACUCAAGGAAUCGGCAGUAUCGGUGGCGGACGCUUUGGCACCACCCGAUUUCGCAUUGAAUUCGGUCAUUGCCAAAUCCGAUGGACUUUUGUACGAGAAUCUACAAAGUGAAUUUAUGACCAAUAAGGGCGCAUUUGAGCGGCCUUCUUGGUGGAAAGAUAUUAUUAUUCCUCAAGUGAAGUCGAAGCUUUAAAAGAACUCUCGAAUGGGGAUAAGCAAAUACAUACUAAAUAUACGAGUAUAUUGCAUUUUCCUAGUGUAGAUCCUUUUUACGAAACAAGUAACUGUACUGUAUUGCAAUGUAAUGUGUGCGUGAAUCUACGAGGUGAUUGUGUCUGUGUAGAAACUAUUGUAAAACUGAUAAUAAUAAUUAUAGUGAUGUCUAUGAUAACGGUACGUGCUAAUAUUUUUGUGGCUUCACAUUUUUACAUAUGGAAUCGAUUUGAUAUGAGAAUUUACCAAGUAAAUAAAUAUGUAUGUCACUCAUAGUGCAUAAGCAUACAAUUAUGUACAUAUAUUUAUCUAAUUAAAUUUACAUUACCGCUGAUGUAUUUCGUAAAACAAUUUUUGUAACAAAUCUGUGUUGGAAUUGUUAUUACCGUUAGUGAAUGCGGCUGAAAAAUACGUAUUCUGUAUCUGUUAAACCUUUAAAUCCAUUAAAGAUUU